CGCUUCGGUGAACCCAUCGGCGAGCGGGCACGAUGCCGCGAAGUCAGGCUCGGGUGUUUCAGGAUGGGGGGGAGGACGAGAAUCAGAAGGCGCAGAAGAAGUAUUGCGUGUACAAGUACAUCCGCAUGGGUCAGAGUCUCGGCGAGAGAUUCCGCGGCAAUCGCAUGCUGAAGUGCGUUUUUUGCGGCCACGAGUUCCAGGGCAACCAGUUCGUGGCGGCGUGCCAUUUCCGCCAGGGCAAGGGAUGUCCGAAAGUGACUGACGAGGCACUUGUCGACAUCCACUACAACAGUGAGUACAAGAUGUCCGACAAGUUCCUAGAGCGGAUCCAGCGAUUUGAGGAGCUUCACGGUGCGGCGCCUGCGAUGGAUCCACGACGGGACGAGGGGGGGGAGGGAGAGAUGGGGGAGGCGGAGGAGCAGAUCGACGUGGACGACGACGUCGAGGAGGUUGCACGGGCGGGGUCGUCAGGGAGGGAGCGAGGGAAGGGCGUUGUCAGCGAGCCGGGGGGGCAGCAGGGCCAGUACUUUGCGUCGGCGUACGUGUCGGCUCUUACACAGGCAGGUGCGGAUACGGUCGAGGCGGGUCCGUCUGCGGGGAAGAGGAAGGAGAGAGAGGAGGGGGCCAGACCGACGGCAGCACAAAAGAGGAUGAGACAGAACACGAUCACAGAGUCAUUCUCUUCAAAGUGGCAGAUGGGGUUCAAGAAGAGGUGGCUGCGGUUUGUGUACAGUCAGCGCCUGGCGUUCAAUGUCUUCCGGAGCGAGCCGUGGUUGGACGUCGUCCGACACUUGUCCACACGGAGGGGCUCGAUGCGCUCACAUGCUGGAGCCGGCGCACGCCACUGCUCACCUUCUCUGUCCCAGCCAGCGGGACUUGCGGUACUUCGAGGGCAUGGUCAAGACUACGACGCGAGCUUGGUGAGGGAGGCAGACACUUACAUCUUGUCGCAGACAGGGUUCAGUGUGGUGAGCCGCGACUACGAGACCGCAUGUGCGCAGUUGCGCGACUUCCACACACGGAGGGGGACGAUUGCUUGGGGGGGGAGAGACGGAGACAGAGAUGCACAAAGGGGCACGGGCAAUGCGGAGACGUAUGAGUCCGGGUGUUGGUGGUCGAGGUACGGGCAGUGCGCCCCGCAGUUGCAGGUUAUCGCUCUUCGUGUGAUGUACAUGUGGACGUGCUCCUCUCCUGCGGAGAGGAAUUGGGCCGUCCACGAGGGUGUACAGACGAAGAAGCGUAACCGGCUUGAGUUCGAGAAGGUCGCAAAGUUGGUUGAGAUCUCAGCCAACGUCCGCCUUCUCUCUCAUCAGCGGGCAGGCCGUGGGUUCGCGCUGUCGUGGACUCUAAAUGAGUCGUUGUUGGACAUGGAGGGAGGUAUCGGGAUUCGCCCCUCGUGGAAGGGGACGGACAAGAGCAGGACGCGGGAGGAGCUCGAGGAUCAGAGACGUUCAUGGCAGCGAGACCGAUGUGGGUCCAGAGCUCCUCCGGGUGAUGUGGGCGAUGUUUUUGGGACUCGAGCCUCCACAUUGCACCCGUACCCUCGAUACAACAGUGAUUCCGAGGGUCACGAGGAUGAGGACGAGCCGGCGGGCCCCGCUACCGCCACUCCUGCGGCGGAUGAGCGUGAUGAGUGGAGCGACCCAGAGGACGUCCGUAGACAGAGUGGCGGAGAUGACCUUUUAGUUCGAGUUGAUUUGGAGGAGGAGCCUGGGGGUCGUCAUGGGAGCCCUCUAGAGCGUCCGAGGCCUACGUCCACUGACCCGCUUUCCGCUGAGCGGCAGAGAGAUCCUGGGUCUGCACCUUCGAGGGGGGCAGAAUCGGUGAUUGGCCAUCGUCCUCUGGGUCGCUCUGGCACGGCAUCAUCCACCGCUCUUUCCACUUCGACGGAGCAGCUUCAUCGACAGCCAGCUGGUGCAGAUCGAUUGCAGAGAUUGGGGUUGGUUGGUGGAGAUGGUGGUGCGUUGGCCGGAGGUGGAGGAGGUGUCGAGGUUGCUGUGGCGGUUGAGGGGAUACCGAUGGGCGGCAGAGGCGGUUUCAGUGAGUUUGGUGACAUGGGUAUGCCCCCGGGAGAGAGCGUGGGUCUGGCCCGAGGAGAGAGCAAGUCCCGUGGGGACAUCAAUGUGGGUAUGCAGGACUUACUGGGACAGAUCAGCUUCGUGGACCCGAGUAGUUUCUCCCCUGCCAUGCGCGCAGAGGUGAUGUUGGGGGCAGAGGGGGAUGAGGACCGGACACCCCCUGGAGAGACAUCUGCAGAGAGGCUGGAUAGGCUUGAUAGUCGUCGAGCUGGCCUCAUGGCACAGAGGGACCCCAGGACGCAGGAGCUCGCCCGUCUUGCGGCCGAGGAGCGACGGAGGCAGCUGGGGACAUUUACGCCGGCGUCCGUUGACGUGGGGCCAGAUGCCCACACGGAUCUUCCGACAGAGGUUCAUGACACGACGCAGCGGGAGGCGGCUUCAGCAGAGGUUUCGAGUACGGGAGUAGAUGUUCAGCAGGGGAUGCACGAGAGCGGGUUGGCACCCACAGAGGAGCCACGUUCGGAGUCGGCGCAGCCUCCUGCCGCGGAGGGGGUAGCGCCGACCACCGGGGGGGAGGGGGCCGUAGGGGGGGCUGUUGGUGUUGGCGGGUCGGGGGUGCCAUCCGCGGCCGAUCCGAUGUCCAUGUCUGGCGGGGGAGACCCCGCACAGGUGGACAGGCGUGACGCGGACGGACAGGAGAUGCCACAAACUUUGGUGGUUCGCACUGCUGUGGGGCCUGUGGUGCCACAUCAGGCACCGUUUUUGGAGGGUUAUAGGCGUCGUGCACAUAGCGGUGGCCCGAUCGAGGAGCGACGUGUAGGCAGGGGCACGUGCAUACCCCCGGUCCCUACUUUUGCGCCGUCACGGACAAGGCCGGAGAUUAGGCAUGUGGCUACGCCUCAGGGCAGCCUCCCUUCUGGUCUUAUGACCGCUGAGGAGUUGGAGGACCACGGCAGGAGGGAUUUGAAGGAGAUCGACCAGCGCGUUUUAAGGUCAGUCCCGGAGGAGGGGAAGCUGCCUCACGUGCAGGACUUAUCUUGGGGGCCAGCCAGCCCCAGCUUACCUUCAGGGUGUUCCAUCGCAGCGCCAUCUGGCGGGGCUGCAGGGGGCUUACCUUUUGGAGGUUCCGUCGCAGCGGCAUCUGGCAGGGCCGCAUGGGACUUACCUUCUGGAGGUUCGGUCGCAGCGCCAUCUGGAGGUGCCGCAGGCCCUUCUUCACCCUUGACCGUAGCUCCGAGGGAGGGCGGCAGUCUCACCCUGAGGUUGGUUGCCCGUAGACGGAGAGACACUACCCAGCGUGCGCGGGAGUUGCUGAACACCAUGUUGUUCGGUCGCACUGAUCGACCAUGGAGCGAGACGAGAUGGGUGACGACGGCGAGUGUCGGUUGUCAGCCAGGUUUGAGAGGGGCUUCCACGGGCGUGAGACGUCGAGACGUUGUAGCUUCAGGGUUUGGUGGUAGAGGCGGUGGCGGCGGUGGCAGCGGUGGCCACGGCGACUGCAGACGUGAGGGUGCAGGCGGUGCCGCAGUGAGAGCAGUGGAUCCGCCCUUGACGUACGGUUUGAAAGAGGCGUCGAUUAUUUUGCAGGAGCGUGACGUUGUUACACGACCGAGGCAGGAGAGACACGUGCCCUUAGAUCAACGCCAGGAGGGGGAGACGUCAGGGAUUGACAGUCUACCUAUGGCACGCGAGUCACGCCGACGUGAUGACCUAGCAGCAGCAGGCAUCAGGACGGUAAGAGGCAGGAGAGUCAUUAUGGACGACGAUCCCGACGAGCGUCCCGUCGCUCCCAAGCCUUCCGCUGGCGGACGCGGCGGCCAGCGUCAGAGAGAUCGAGGACGUGGCAGUGGUAGGUCCCACGGACGAGUUUCUCAUCGGUCCGAGCGAGAUCCGCAUGCGCACGACGAUUGUUGACGGAUUACGGACUUGCAUUUUCGUGACUUUCUCAGUGUACUUCAGUUUUUUGUUAUCCAUGACAGACGUAG